UUGGCGGCGGCGGCUCCCCGGAGGCGGCCCGGCCGGCUCCCCGCACACAGGCAGGGCUUCCCCUGCGCCGGGCGAGCAGCCCCCCGCAAAGUUUGGGGUUGGAUCCAGGGGGAAGGAGGGAGCCCGGAGCCAACUUGUCCCAAAUCGCCGCCGAUCCGCGGUUGGAACUGAAAUCUCCCAGCCCCGGUUUAUUUUUGCUGAUUAAAGGGACGGACCUUGGUCCUGCGGUUGGGUGGCUGUUCAGCCUCCAACUCGCUCUGUGCCAUCCCCUUUCUCCUUCCUUUCUUCCUCCUCCUGCCCACACCAUGGAGUUUACUGAGAGGAAGAGGAGUAGGAAAUCCCAAAGCUUUAAACUGAUCAACCAAGAUUAUCAUCACGAGGUAUAUAAGAUCUCUGACUACAGCAAUGAUGUUAAUGGGGAGACCAAAGAAACUCAAUCGGCUUUUUUAGGAGAUGAAAGCCGGGAAAUUAAAAAACAAAUUACAGGGAUGAGAAGAUUACUGAAUGACAGCACUGGAAGAAUCUAUCAGCGAGUUGGCAAAGAAGGAGAAAAACUGAAGGAAGAACCUCAGGAUUUAGAUCUAGCAUGGGCCCAGCGUCUGACUGCCCUGGCGGACUCCCAGGCGAGCCUCCAUCCUUCUCAGAAUGGUGCAUGGACUGAAGUGUCAUCUCAAGCUAGCCAUUUUUCAGGGCAAUAUGGGACUCGGUCAAAAAGCUUCCAAAGUGAAACAAGAUCUGUAGGAUCCAAUGGAGAACAUCCAGGGGUCAGUUCAUCAGUUGGACCGAACUGUUGUACUUGUAAUUGCCAGUCAACUUUGCAGGCCAUUCUCCAAGAGCUGAAGACCAUGAGAAAGUUAAUGCAGAUUCAAGCAGUUUGCACCCAAAACAGACAGCAGCCUCCGAUCCCCCUGAUCUGUGCACAGAAGUCAACAAUAUCAAGAAAGAGAAAUAAAAAGAAAAAAUUGCCCCAAAAGACUCAUGAGCCCAUUAAUGUGAAUAAGAAGCCCAGCACUGUGGAGAAGGAAAAGAAACUGUCAGCAAACUCUGAAAGAUCCAGCCUGCAAGCAGCUGAACAUACAUUAAAGCCGGAGACCCAUGUUUCAGGAUUUGGUAUCAUUCUUGAAUCAUCUUCCUCAGAUCCAGAAGUGCAACUUGCUGAAGGCUUUGAUGUCUUUAUGCCCAAAUCUCAGCUAGACUCUAUAUUAUCAAACUAUACUCGCUCAGGAAGCCUGCUGUUUAGAAAGCUGGUGUGUGCAUUUUUUGAUGAUAAGACCUUGGCUAACUCUUUACCCAAUGGCAAGAGGAAAAGAGGACUCAAUGACAACCGAAAAGGACUAGACCAAAAUAUUGUGGGUGCAAUAAAAGUCUUCACAGAAAAAUAUUGCACUGCUAAUCAUGUGGAUAAACUUCCUGGCCCCAGAGACUGGGUACAGAUUCUACAGGAUCAAAUUAAACUGGCAAGAAGACGGUUAAAAAGAGGCUCAGGUAGCAUUCUUGAGAUCUCAACAGAUAAGCUGGUCGACUCAAAACCAGAUUUUUCUGCUUAAAUUUUACUUUCCGCAUCAGUGUUUCAUUAGCAGAUAUAAACAUCCUUCAGUUUGAAUGACAUUCCUGCAAGAUCUGUGUAAGCAUUUCAGCAUACUUCAAGGUGGGGGGUGUUCCGUGCAGUUUUCCCUUCAAGUUUGAGUUGUUUCACCUAUUUUUAAUGAAACAUGGGAUAAUAAAGCCACUAAAUUGUUUCAAGAUUUUCCAUCAUAAUUAGAGAUGAUUUUUUUUCAAUAUCCAGUACAUUGUCUAAUUAGUGUGGUAUCCACUGCAACUGAAUAAAUUCCUUUGCCUUUGUUUUUCUUCCUGAUGGUAUUUUCCCACAUGACUGUAUGCAUGCUAACUCUAUUUCAUCUUCAAGUAUGCAGAAGUAAAAGAAACAGUUCAGGGAGUGGUGGUGGACUCUCCCCCUUUCAUGGGCCCAGGAAGCUAAUAAGAAUGUUUGGUUAGGGGAAUUGGUUAGUCCUCUCUUGUUCGGAAGACUCACUUUUCCUUUUUGCUCACCAUUGGACUAUGUUUGAAGAGAGAUGGUACAAACUGCCUGUCCUACACUGUCUAAAUAACAAGGCACACACUGUAUUUGGCCAUAGAGCAGGGUACAUGCUGAUAAUGUCUGUGUCCCAGUGGAUGGCUUACAGAAUGUAUUUGUGAAAUGAGUUGGCGUUCCCAGCCAGUUUCUGGUGCAGUGGUUCUCCAGCAUUUUCACUCCAUAAAAUCAUCCUGCUCCACCUCCUCUCCAGCCUCUCAGAAUCUCCCACUGCCUGGUUCUCAAAACAUUUUAUUUUGUAGACCAUCAGGGAGAGGGUUCAUGGAUCUUUGCUGAUCCACACACCACGGUUUGAAAACCACUGUCCUUGCAGACCUAUAUGGAUCUAUGGACAUAGGUCCACCUAUACAAACCACUGUCAUUACUGGCACUCUGUUGACAGUCUCAGCAGUUAGGAUGAGUGAAUUGACCAAGAGAUUGAACUACCCUCUCACCUUAUAAGUGGUCCCUUCAGAUCAGGACUGAGGCUUACUGAUGUGGCAAGGUGGGGAAAGUUGCACUGCUGCUUCUUAUGCAACAUCUUCUGCUGCCCUCUGCACCUUUAACUCUGCACCUUCACCAGCACUAAAUUCACUUUAAAAAAAAAAAAAUAGAGAGAAAAAAUAUAGAAAGUAUCUUAUCCCACAGAUAUAUUGAUCACCAGCCAGUUAACUAAUAGUGUGUGUUUCUUGGCAUGCCACAGCGUGCAGUAGCCUUUGCCAUCAUGUUUCAUUUUCCUUUGUGUAUUUUCAGCCGAUCACGAUGCUUUCUCCUUGAAACCAUUUGGUCUUUUUUAUCGAGUGUUUUAACAGAAGUGCUAUUACAGAGAGUGGGCCUGUUUUCAAAAUAUUUAAAGUUUUUUGCUGCUUUUCACAAAUAUUUGUCAUGAUCAUUAACUAGCAUAAAGACCGGCGGCCUGAUUUGUCACAACUGCUGAAUGGCUGCAGAUAACACUGAAGCCAACAGGAGCUCCUGAUUCUCAGCACCAUUGAAAAUCAGGCUUUUGAUCUUUCCCCUCCUGUUUAAAAAUAACAUGUACUAUUAAAAGUGGUGAUGUUCUCUUUAAAACUGUGGACUAUAUCGAAUGUACACUGCAGGCCUUAAAGAGCAUUUCCUUCAAAGGCUGAUGUGACUGCUUCCCCCAUGGUCUGGAUUUCUGAGCAGGGCUGUGGCAAUCUACAGCCUGUGCAGCAAAUCUGCCAGGUACAUCACAACUCUUAACUGAUGGAAUCAACGUUUUGUAAAUUUUUAAAAAUUACAUUUUGUGUUUACUUACUGUGACUACUGUUCAGACUUCCUUCAGCAAUUUUUUUAUAGGGUUUAUUAGAAAAAUCAUUCCAUGUUUAGGUAAAGCAUCUCAAUCUUCUGUAUAUAUGUUUUAUUAAUAUGUAAAUAUUUAGAUAUUUUUUAAUUACUGUGUUCUUAAUAAAACAACAAGGGGCUAGUUGUGAAGUGGUGUAUAACGUUGUGUUGUGUUACCAAUCUCUGGGAAAACCCUCUUUGUCAGUUCAGAAAAGAAAAACCCACAAUAAAUUACUUUAAUUGAA